GUCACAUCUUGAAGCAAGAAGCUGCGUCGCUGAUACGGUCUGAGUUUAUCUUUUAAAAACAUUCAAGCGCAGUGCAUUAUUAUUGAGAAUUUAUUUGAUCAUUGAUAACAUCUCGUUUUGGAUUAACAUAUUGGCGUUGUCGCAUAUUUUUUGUUUGCGCAUACCGUUUGGAUUCGUGUUUAACAUUGUUUUUGUUGGGGACCGUUAACAGGGAGAGAACACUUGACCAGUUAGCCAACCUUAAGUCGACCCGGCUCUAAAUCGAGGAUAAGAUUAUUAAUUAGAAACAGUUACAUAAACAGGUGGGUUAAUUUUAAAACGUGGCGCAAUUGUCUGAUAACCAACAGCUAGACGUUGUUUAUCUUAUCGUUAUUGUAUUCCACCAUAGCAAGCAAAUUACCGUCCGUGUUCAUGCCAGAUCUGCAGCGCUUUAGUUUCCCUUACCAUAGCAUGAAUCCUUUGUUGGGGACAAACACGCUUCUCCAACAUCAACAGCAGCAGAAUCUAGGACCGAGUCAUCCGGAUUCUCCAUCCGGCCUUCUGCCCGAGGCCAUCUUCGGCUCUCCAGAUCCAACCGCCUUCCUUGAAGAAACUGGACUAGGCCCGGAGACGCUCUCCGGAUUUGAUUUCACCCCAUCCUCACAAAGUGCUUACCUGCACCAUAACCACAACCAUCCGGUGCACCGCGCGGUGCCACCACCUGCUGCCAUGGCCCUAAGGAACGACUUGGGGUCCAACAUUAGCGUACUGAAGACGCUCAACUUGCGGUUCCGAUGCUUUCUCGCUAAAGUACACGAGUUGGAGCGGAGGAACAAGAUCUUGGAGAAACAGCUACAGCAGGCUUUGGAUGCCAAUACUAAAUGCAAAGGUGGAUGUUCUGAAAACGGGGGAGGGGCACACACCCAAGAAACAGGUGUCCAGACCGGGUUCGUGGGGACGAUUCCACCAAGGCCCGGUUCGCUUCCGUUUCACAACACAAACAACUCAGCUACGAGGCCCACAACGCUUUUUAUGCCACCACUCACGACAGUCCUCACGCUGGAGCAGAACCAAACCGAAAAUCCAAACUCUAACCCGAAGAAUCCCACCAUCACAAUCAACCUGUCAACUCCAACUGUCGACUCUCCAUCCAGCUCCAGGUCACAAACCGUCGGGAGAACGGUCACAAGUACCGGUACCGGAACCCCGACCAACCCCCCUCCCAGGUUUCUACCGGGAACUAUCUGGUCCUAUAACCACACCCGCAAGCUCGGCUCUGGCGUGGAGACGCGCGUUACCAGCCCCGGUGUGUCCUGGAUCCAUCCGGAUGGAGUCGGGGUCCAAAUUGACACCAUCACCCCAGAGAUCCGAGCCCUGUAUAACGUCCUGGCUAAAGUGAAGCGGGAAAGAGACGAGUACAAGCGCAGGUGGGAGGAGGAAUAUACCAUGAGGGUGGAUCUGGAACAGAAGAUCGCAGACCUACAGGAGGACCUGCAGGAGAGUGAAGGCUGCCAGGAUGAGUUGGCAGUCAGAGUGCAGCAGUUGAAGGCGGAGCUGGUCCUCUUCAAAGGCCUGAUGAGCAACAACCUGUCAGAGCUGGACAGUAAGAUCCAGGAGAAGGCCAUGAAGGUGGACAUGGACAUCUGUCGCAGGAUCGACAUCACGGCCCGCCUGUGUGACGUGGCCCAGCAGAGGAACUGUGAGGACGUCAUCCAGAUGUACCAGGUGCCCACCUCCCAGUGUGCCAUCAACUGUCGUCCCCGGAGACAGACUCCGCUGUCAGUCAAUGGUAGUGAUGGAGAAGAACCAAUCAGCACCUCAGAGAGCGACGGGGGUGCGCCCAAGGAGGAGGAGCUGUGUACCUCAUCAGCCAGUCAGAUCAAUGAGGAGAUGCAGCGAAUGCUGAACCACCUGCGUGAGUGUGAGUUUGAGGAUGACUGCGACAGCCUGGCGUGGGAGGAGACAGAGGAGACCCUGCUGCUGUGGGAGGACUUCCCAGGAUGCACCCUGGCACCACCAGAGACCACUCACCAGGCAGGAGAGCCAGAUGAGUCUUUGGAGAAGGUGAUCGAAGACACAGAGUGUCUGUUCAAAUCCAGAGAGAGGGAGUACCAAGACACGAUCGGCCAGAUAGAGCUGGAGCUUGCGACAGCCAAGAGUGAUAUGAACCGCCACCUGCAUGAGUACAUGGAGAUGUGCUCCAUGAAGAGAGGCCUGGACGUCCAGAUGGAGACCUGCAGGAGACUCAUCACCCAGACUGGAGACGGCGAUUCUCAGUCUCCCGUUCCGGGGACCGGUGAAGAGAUUGAGUCUACAGACAAGGAGAAACCAGAAGAAUCUCCUCCCUCCAGUUCCUCCAGAUCAUGACCCACUCCUCUGUUCCCUCAUCCUUCCAUCCCUCCAUCAUUCCAUCCCUCCAUCAUUCCAUCCCUCCAUCAUUCCAUCCCUCCAUUAUUCCAUCCCAUGACCUCCACUCCAUCCAGCUAGUGUACUUCUGCAUCUCACAGCCCGAAACCACUGCAACUUUAUGUUUAUAAUGCUUGCUAGGUUUUCGUGUACGUUUUCAGACUGCGUAUGCCUAUUGUGUACAUUUUCAACAAAUCAUACUGCCCACUAGUGGAGAGAUGCAUAUCUGCAAGGGUCAUAUCUACUUGCAUUGACGGCAAUAUGGCACAGGAGUGGAAAAUGAGGUUUUGAUAUAAUCUCAUGAACCGUAGGAGUUACAUGUUAUUUUUAGACGACUGUUUCAAAGCAGUAUGAAGAGGUGUCUGAAAUUGGCCAGGCAAUAUACACCCACAUAUCCAUCUCAGGCUAACCUGCUGCAUAACAUCGUGACCUUUCUGUUAAAGCUUUUCUUUCAAGCUCAGGGCGCAGUAAGUUAAAACUCGACAAAAUAGGAGUGGAGUUUGAUUAAUACAAUUUGGGGUGGAGAAUGUUGGAGAAUGUUGGUUUGUCAGGUUGGAUAGAGUAUGUUCGUCUGGGACAUGAAAUGCUAGUGUAUUUGGAUUUAGCAUUUAAAUGACAGCUUGUGUUUAGUUGACUAGAUUCCUCAUACUCAAACAACACACAUAUUUAAGCAAAGUCAAAUAUAAGUCGUUCAAUAGCAUAUCACUUCAUAUCGAAUUCAUUAUACCAGACUUUUUCACUGCAUUCACUGAAAUAAAUAAAAUAAACACACAAAAAAAGUGAAGUUAAAAAAAUUAAUCGUAACUCAGAAGGCACACAGUUAGACCCGGCCUGGCGGCGCGUGCUUCAGUGUCCUGAGGUCGGUCUUCCAAGCAAUCAUUGCAGGCCUCUUUACUGUUGAAGACAUGCGGUUUACAUCGGUAGGCCCAAUACAUCAAUGUCCGUAGGGGUGUAACUGCUCUUUGUACUUGAGCAACGUCCAGAGUGUAAAUGAUGUGUUUCAAUGUUUAUCUGAUAUUGACCGAAAUAUUGUAUGGCGAGAGUGGGUCCCUUCCGUAACUUAAAAUAAUUCAACACAACUUCUAACUACCUGAUAACGUGUUACGGAACAGUGAACUGUUUUAAAGAAGCUAUAAUACAAACACAAGGACCCACGCUAUAGCCUGUAUUGUAUUCACCAUGCAAAUCAAAGGCGAUGUCAGGUAAACAAACGGACUGCGGACAGCUUGUGAUCAUGGUCAGCAAGGACACGGGGUAGGACACAUACUUUUUGGUUUGGAACGCAGCUUUUUCACUGCGGUGCUGUAUAAAUAGUGUAAAUACGUACGCUCUUCAGGACGAAUUUGGCGUUAGCGCCUGGGGCCUUGCAUCGCUGUCUGUGUCUCUCUGUCACCGACGCAGGGACGGGGACACGGUCGACUAAGGGCAUUGUCACCCAAGUGUUAUACAUAGGAGCCAUGUUCAAAUAUUUAGUUUGGUUUGUGGUUUGUGGUGGCAGGUCUAGUCAGUGUGGAGCCCUUGUCCAGAUCAGGCCAGCGAUAUUUAGAUUGUAGUCGGCCAGAUAGAAGAUUAGUAGACCAGAUAGAAGCCUACUGAGGUGGUUGACAGGUCAGAACAAACAGCUCUGAAUGUUAACUUUCUGCCAGGUUACUGCUGUGGUCUAGUAGGACUGGUGGACUAUAUAACACCGCAGGGUUAGUGUAGUCAAAAGGAAACCACAGCUAAGAAGGUAAUAAGUGAGUGCGGGUACAUUAGCGAAUGAAUUAUGGAUAUUAAUAGAUGGACAGACAGAUGAUUGUUCAUUUGACAUGAUAAAGCAUUAACUGUAUGAGUGCCAAACUGACUGGAUAUACAGCCUAGUCUACAUUACGUUUAAGAAUCACGAAAGAAAAACGAGAAAAAAAACUAAAACUUGUGCUGAAAGCUAUCUCACAAACUGGUGCUUGUUGAAAAUUAUUGAUGAAUCCUAUUUUUGAGCUUGUAAACGUUUGCAAUUGUAACGAAAGAGCAAAGCAAAGUGUAUAUCCAAUAGUAACAGCAAUAAUAAGAGUAUAAAAUGCAACUGAAAAAUGGCAGGAAUGGAAAAGUGUAGUUUCAUUAUUUGGCACACAUUCUGUCCACAAAGUUAGUUAAAAUUAGUUGUAUUAGUUGAGUUAUUUUGGGGUUGAAAAUGUAUUACUUCUAUUUAGUGUAUCUGUUUUUGUGUGAUAACAUGUUUUUAUUGUAAAUCUCAGUUAUAUCAUAUUUCACAUGCUUUACUUUUCCCAUUAUUUAUGUGUUUAUCACCUUAAACUCACAAAAUCUACACGCACAGACAACAUGAAUGACAGUACACUGAAUGUUGACAGCAAAGGCAAAUAUAUGUCCACUCAAAUUAAAAAUAAGUAACAAAAAAACUAUAUUUUAUCUAUUUAUGAUCAAUUAUUUACCUUUUAUUUUUGGUCCUGAAGAAGUCAAAUCAGGUUGAUUGUAAAUUGCUUCAGCUCACAUAUCAAUAUUCAAAUAUUCUGUAAAAGCGUUUUGUCUCAUUGAUUAAGCUGUAGGUUGGGGUUUGUGAAAUAAUGAUAUGCAUGUCUAAAGUCUGGUGUGGUCCAUCCCUGCUCUUUGGCUACAACUGAAGAUUGCUAAGAGGAUAUCUAGGAGACAGUGCGUGAGAACUAUGUAUUGUUUGGGCUCUUUGUAUAGUUUACCACAUCCACCGAGAGGGUGAGUGUCUCUGUAUGCAUGUGUUAUGUUUUGAGGGUGCUCUAAUUUCAGUGGUUUUUAAAAAGACUUUUACUGGUUCACCUACAACAUGAAGAAGUCAGUUCUCCAGAACCACACACAGACACACACACACAUACAUUACAUUUGGUCACCAAGUGUCUUCUGACAGACAAUCUGUAUGUACCCACCUGAACCAAGAGCAGUGGGACCUUAAAGUGAUGUCUCACACACACAAACACGAUUUUGACUUACACACAACGCCUUAAAAACACUGUAUAUAUGUAUAUCAAACAUGUACAGUAGUUGCUCUGCGACUCAGUUGUUCUUCAUGAGUGUAUGUGAGUGCUAAGUAAAGUUCUUUUAAAAACAACACCAAAAUGUAAAAAAAAAACUAAAACUACAAAAAAACUAGAAAAUGCAAAAGGCUUUAACACUAUUGACAGUAUGAUUGCUAUGAUAUUGUAUACUAUGAUAUUAAAAGUAACAGCUAUGGGUAUAUUGUAUGUUUAAAGACUGCAUAGUGCAAGGAUGUCCACAGUCACAUACUAAGUAGCAUGCUUUAGGACAAAAGUGAUUGAAGAACUAGGUCAGAUUGAGUUAUUCUGAGUAACAGCAGAAAUAAAUCCUCUAACCGUAUUCAUCUAUUCACCACAACCAAAAAGAACCAAAAAGAAGAACCCAGAUCCUAGCUGACAUGUUUAUUUGUGUUUCAUACACAGUGCAAUAAAUAACAGGUGUAACUACAGGCACCUGCAAGAUAUUUAGAUUUGACCUUCAGUUUCCAAACGUUUAUUUGAUUUGUAGCCUUCGACAGGAAGCGUGCGUCUCGUGUGUGACUGGGUAGGACCUUCAAUAUGCGUGUGACCUGAGUGUAAGAAGUGGCAGGUUUCGCUUAAGCUUUACUGCAGAGCUCUGCAUUCUGAGGGCAGAGUUAGAAUGAAGAAUAAAAAGUUGACAGCUGAGCAAUACGA